UGGUUCGCCAGCUUCGACUCCUUGGUCCUCCUCCUCCGUUUCCCUUGAGAAAGUGAAGAAACAACAGCGAGAAAAGAAGUCAUCUUUGGAGAUUUUUCGGUUCCAUUACUUUUCUGGUUCUCUUUUCAUGGAAGAACAAACAUCGAACUCACCCUUACCAGAUGCAUUCGUUAAUUUUCUUGACGCCAAUGGACUCGACCCUUCAAUCUAUUCUGCCUCUGAUUCAACCCCUCGUUACAUAAGGUUGAAACCUGGUUGUGAAUCUCAACUUGAGGAGAUUGAAGCUGAGAUGGACUGUAAAGUUGAGAAAGUGGUUUGGUUGCCUGGUUUCUAUUCUCUUCCUCCAAAUGUUCAAAUCGCUAACUCAAAGGCAUACCGUGAAGGAAAGAUAUAUGGGAUUGAUGCAGCUUCUGGGGCUGCUGUUUCAGCUUUAGAUAUUUCAGCUGGAGAUCAUGUUCUUGAUCUGUGUGCUGCUCCUGGUGCUAAGCUUUGCAUGAUAUUAGACCUUCUUGGUGACUUGGGUUCUGUAACUGCUGUUGAUGUCGCUAGGCAUCGACUAGCAGCUUGUAGGACAAUGCUUCAGAAAUAUGAAUUGGGCGACCACUGCCGACUUCUUGUUGCUGAUGGAACAACUUUUUCUCUUCUUCCUAUCAGGGAUCAUUCGGAUUCUAAAUCAUGUGAAUCUGUGCUCAUAGAAGAUGCUGAAAGGUUUAAAGAGUGGACAUCCAGGAGAACAUGGAAGGAGAGGAAAAAAGCAGCUAGAGAUAGAGAGAAUGCUGCUAUGAAUCCAGGGAUUCAGGAGCCUGAGUUACUCUUCUAUGGCAAGUAUGCUGGUGUGGUUGGUCUGAGUAAAGAUGAGUUGUAUAAAACUGUUUGUGACAGUGAGAUGUUGAGCUGUGGCUAUGACAAGGUGCUAGUAGAUGCAGAGUGUACUCAUGACGGAUCAAUUAAACACAUUCAAAAAUUUGAACAUUGGGGUUGGAAAACUCUUCAACGUCGAGUAUUGGAUGCAGAGAGAACCGAUAGUCUGACUGUGCUUCAGUUAAAACUCUUGAGCAAUGGUUUUAGAUUGCUAAAAGCAGGCGGGCUGCUUGUCUACAGUACUUGCAGUUUGACAAUCGCUCAGAACGAAGAUGUGGUAGAACAAUUUCUGAAUGAGAAUGCUUCUGCCGCCGAGUUGCAGGAGAUAGUUGAAGCCAAAAGUUGGCCUUGUAGAAGUGGAGGAAUACCAAAGACCUUGCGCUUUGAUCCCUUAACAUCACAAACAAGUGGACUCUUUGUAGCUAAGUUCAAAAAAUUAGUCACUUGAUAUAAUCCAAUAUUUAUUUACUUUUUAUUCUUUGUAACAAAGAUUUUAGCAUACAAGUGUGCUAGUAUUAAAGUUUUGUUAAACAACAUGGGCAAUUUGGUAUGAGGCUUAAAAGAUUUGGACUUGCAAAUAAUUAGAUUGAGCUCAGAUUUGGACGUUGACCCUUCUCAAGAUAUCCUCGUAAUAACUUUCUUAAACUAUUCAACCAUGGAUGAAGUUAUUUCAUAAUCAUAUGAGAAUCUUUCGCCUGACA